AGCAAGAGAGAGAAACCAAAGACUCGAAACUAGCUCUUUUGUCUUUUCCCUUUCCUAUUCUAAUUUUUGGCGGAUUAUUUUCCUCUUUCUGGAUCUGAUAUAAUAAAACCACAGCACUCAAUUUUCUCAAACCCUAAUUGCUUUCUGCAGCUUGGAGAUGAAAUGGUGUUAAAAUCAUUUGCUUUUUUGUUGGACUGAUCACGUUGGAUGCUGAGGAUUGUACGAUGGAGGAAGGUGAAUUGAAGCGCGUAUGGUCAUCUACCGAUGCUGAGGAUGAUGAUACGUACCACAAGCGUCCCAAACUUGAGUGCCCAGCGUCUGCUUCUUCUGAUUCGUCGUCCAUGGAGGAGAGAACUGUUGCAUCUUCUUCUCGGACACAUAUGUUCUGCCACAAUUUCAUCUUGAAUCAUGGUCGGAAAGAUGAUGAUUCUCAAGUUCGUUUUGAUUUGACUGAUGACGUCUUACAUGUGGUGUUCUCGUUCUUGAAACACGUCGACCUCUGUCGCUCUGCUAUGGUAUGUCGUCAGUGGAGAGUUGCCAGUGCUCAUGAGGAUUUUUGGAGGGUCUUGAAAUUUAAAAAUAUGAGUAUUUCUAUCGACCAAUUUGAAAACAUGUGUCAUCGCUAUCCCAAUGCCACUAGAGUGAAUGUUUAUGGCGUUCCUGCUGUUAACGCCCUGGCUAUGAAAGCAGCUACCACUUUGAGGAAUCUGGAGAUCUUAACUAUUGGAAACGGUCAGAUCAGUGAAAACUUUUUCCAGAUAUUGGGGGAGUGUAACAGCUUGAGGAGCGUGACCAUAAGUGACGCUAUUUUGGGAAGUGUUCCUCAGGAAAUACACCUGAGCCAUGAUCGGCUACAUAAACUUAAAAUUAGAAAAUUCAGCGCUCUGCGUUUGUCUAUCAGGUGUCAGCAGCUCAGGUCUUUAUCCUUAAAAGGAAGCAACACGGUACUGGCGAUGCUUAACUGUCCACUCCUCCAACAUCUUGACAUAGCCUCGUGCCAUAAGCUCCAAGAUGCUGAUAUCCGGUCAGCUGUCACUUCGUGUCCUCAACUAGAGUCGCUCGAUGUUUCUAACUCUUCCUGUCUCAGUAAUGAAACUUUGCGUGAAAUAGCCCAGGCUUGUGCUGCUCUCCAUAUUCUUAAUGCUUCACACUGCUCCAAUAUAUCUUUUGAGUCAGUACAUCUCCCCAUGUUGACAGUUCUCAAGCUUCGUAGCUGUGAGCGUAUAACAGCCGCGUCUAUGACUUGGAUUGCUAACAGUCCUGCGCUGGAGGUUUUGGAGCUUGAUAAUUGCAAUAUGUUCACAUCUGUCGCGUUGCAUCUCUCCUGCUUGCAGAGUUUAAUCCUACUAAAUUGCCGCAAAUUCGUAGAGCUGAACUUGCAAAGCACCAUGCUUUCAUCCAUCACUGUUGCAAACUGUCUAGCUCUUCGCCGAGUCACAAUCACUUCCAACGCCCUACGAAGGUUAGCUCUCAAGAAACAGGAGAAUUUGACAGAAUUAGUUCUGCACUGCCAGUCCUUGCAAGAAGUGGAUCUCUCUGGUUGUAAAUCACUGUCCAACACUGUAUGUGAAUCAUUUAAUGAUGCUGGUGGAUGCCCAUUGCUGAAGUCAUUGAUUCUUGACAACUGUGAGAGCUUAACAGAAGUGAGAUUCUGCAACUCAUCGUUGUCUAGUCUGUCCCUUGUUGGUUGUCGUGCUGUUACUUCUCUUGCGUUGAAGUGCCCUCGCUUAGAGCAGAUCUGUUUGGAUGGAUGUGAUAAUCUUGAAACUGCAUUCUUCAAGCCUGUUGCACUUCGGUCUCUAAAUCUAGGAAUAUGCCCAAAACUGAGUGUGCUCAGUAUCGAAGCGCCUUAUAUGGUGUCCCUUGACUUGAAAUGUUUCGGUAGACUGUCUGAAUCAUCCAUCAUUUGUCCUUUAUUAACAUCUUUAGAUGCGUCUUUCUGCGGUCAACUGAGGGAUGACUGUCUGCCUGCAAUCACUGCUUCUUGUCCACUAGUCGAGUCACUGGUGCUAAUGUCGUGCUCUUCUAUUGGCUCUGUUGGCUUUUCUUCCUUGAAAGGCCUCCAAAAUUUGUCUGUUCUUGAUUUGUCGUAUACUUGCGUGAUGAAUCUGGAGCCCAUCUUCAAGUCAUGUAUUCAACUGAAGGUACUCAAACUACAGGCCUGCAAAGAUCUUACUGACUCAUCAUUGGAGCCUCUAUACAAAGAAGGUGCAUUACCCGCACUUGAAGAGUUGGACCUGUCUUAUGGAACUCUCUGUCAGACUACUAUAGAUGAUCUACUUGCCUGCUGCACACACUUGACCCAUUUGAGCUUGAACGGCUGUGUUAACAUGCAUGACCUUGAACAUGAUUGGGGUUCUGGUGAGAGUAAUCAAGAACCAGCUGAAACAAGUACCAACCGGUUGCUACAAAACCUCAGCUGUGUGGGAUGCCCCAAUAUCAGAAAAGUAUUGAUACCGCCUGCAGCUCGGUUUAAUCAUUUAUCAUCACUGAACCUUUCGCUAUGUGUCAAUUUAAAGGAGGUUGAUCUCGCUUGUUCCAACCUCGUCUUACUUAAUCUAAGCAACUGUUGCUCUCUGGAAGUACUGAAGCUUGGCUGUCCAAGAUUGUCUACUCUCUUUCUUCAGUCUUGUAAAAUGGAUGAAGCAAGAGUUGAAGCAGCUAUAUCAGGAUGCGGCUCAUUAGAGACACUGGAUCUCCGUUUCUGUUCAAAGAUAUCCUCGGUGAGCAUGGUGAGGCUCCAAACAGUGUGCCCUAGUUUGAAGCGCGUCUUUAGCAGUCCUAAUCUUUUGCAAGACCAGGGUUUUGCAUCGAAUGUUUUAUUAUAUACAACUCUCUCUAGAUUAUACUGAAUGCUAUAUGAUUUGUUGUGUGGUGUUUGAGAUGUAACUAAUGGGUCCAAGUCUCGAGUUUCAGUAGUGCUUAUAGGCCUUGUAUUGUGGCUUUCUUAGGCUGCUUUUGUGAUGACACAAACUUUCGUGUGUUUUUGCUUGAUUAGGCCAUUUUCAAUCCAACGGUAAGACUUUAUUUUAUGUAAUUUUUAUACAAGAGUUUGUCUAAUCCAA